GUGCGAAGCUUAAAUUUGGACAUAUCUAAAAUAAGCAACGCAGGCUUAAAUUUUCAUGUUUUGUCAAAGAUGGAUGACUUAAGAUUCUUCAGAGCAUACAACACAGAAUACCAUUUAAAUUCUUCAGAUUGUUAUGAAAAUAAGUUGCAUGGUUUUGAAGAACUUGAAUCCUUUCCCAGUGACAUAACAUUCUUCAGUUGGAAUAGUUAUCCAUUUAAAUCAGUGCCAUUAAAUUUUCCUUCAGAGAGCCUUGUUAGACUUGAUAUGCCAAACAGCAAAGUUAAGCAUUGGAAGGGUGUUCAGGAUCUUGUAAAUUUGAAAUAUGUUGAUCUCAGUUACUCCAAACACAUGACAGAGAUUCCAAAUCUCUCAAGAGCCUCAAAUCUUAAGGAAUUGAGAUUACUACGUUGUUCAAGUUUGCUGAAGAUAGCUCCCUCAUCUAUUCGAAAUCUCACUGAGCUUGCUAUGCUAGAUCUAGGUGGUUGCACAAAGCUUAUUAGUCUACCAGAUGGCUUCGGUAAGUUGAAAUCUCUCAAAUACCUUGAUCUUUACAAAUGCUCCAAAUUGGAAAGAUUACCUGAUGACUUUGGAGAUUUAAAAGCUUUGGAGACUCUCCGUACUGGAGAUACAGUCCUAAAGGAAGUACCAUCAUCCAUUUUACACUUGCCAAAAAUGGACAGCUUAUACCUAUAUCGACCUCAUGAUAAUCAGACACCCCUUAAUUGGGUAUUGAUUUCUUCCUCAGAUUCAAGCUCUUUAACAACACUUGAUUUGGAAAACUGUCGAAUCACCAAAUUACCGGACAAUCUUAGACAAUUAUCCUCUCUGUUAACGUUAAAUCUAAGAAGAAAUAAUUUUGAGAGCAUACCAAACCUCAGAGGGCUUUCUUACUUGUCGACGCUAGACAUAAGUAAUUGUCGGAGACUUCAACUAUUGCCAGAGCUUCCAAUGGGUGUAUCUGUGUGCGCAUCUAAUUGCUUGUCCUUGCAAUCAAUAUCAGAUCCAUCAUUUCUAUUAUUACCUCUUUGGAGACAACGGGCAUCAAUUUUUGUCAAUUGUUUUGAAUUGGAUCUACCUAAAAUUCUUCAUGAGGAAUCUUGUCGAGAAUUUUGUGCUGAUAUCAUUUUCCCUGGAAAUGAAAUUCCUAAGUGGUUUACCUUUCAAAAUACAGGAUCUUAUAUAGCUCUUGAUCAACCACUAGAUUGGCAUAAUAAAAACUUUCUAGGUUUUCUUGCAUCUGUUGUUUUGCCACCAAGUUCGUAUGAGUUUCCUUAUUACGCUGCUAUCUGUUACUGUUUGGUCAAAAGUAAAAAUGGUAAGCAGCAAAUUUAUUCUUCUAACAUUCAAUCUGAUUAUUUCGCCUUCGGUCGAUUUUGUUCAGAAGAUGCCUGGUCAGAUCAUGUAGUAUUAAGCUUUCAUUCUAUAAAUAAAAUGACAUUUAAGAAGUGCGAGGGGGAAUAUCAUGAAAUUUAUUCUGAGAUGAAGUCAUUAAAUUGUAAAGUGCUCAUCAAAUUUAUAGCUAGACACAAAGGAGUGAAAAAGUGUGGGAUUCAAAAGUGUGGGAUUCAUUUCUUGUAUGUUGGAGCUUAUGGAGAACCAUCGGAAACAUCCAGAAGAAGUGUUGACAAUGCUAAAAAGAAAGGGAAAGAGAAAGAUGAACUACAAUCCAAUAAAUUGCAAAUUUCAAAUCCCUUUGAUGGUAUAUGCAGCUUAAGGCCUCAUUUCAUGUCAAAAUCUCCAUAUGACAAUCCUAAUAUUUUUAAAAGUUGUCUAGAAGAACGGUAUUGGAAAUUGAAAAGGAAUGCACUCAGAGAAACUGUGAAAAAUGCUCUGCUAAGUUUUCAGCAAAGUACAACUUUAUGCUCAGAAAUUGAAGAGAUGAACUGUGUGAAUCCAAAAGGUUGUAUGAGUUUCCCAGGAAGUGAAAUUCCAGAGUGGUUUAGCUUUCAAAAUGCUAGCUAUAAUAUAAAACUAUCAUCGGGCUCAUUCCAUGAUGCAAUUGACACAUGCCAUAAUCCAUUUGCUGGUUUGGCUUUCUGCACUGUUGUAGAGUUCCCAGAUUUGCUAGAUUUGGGCCAACCUUUCUUCGUUUAUUGUAUGAUGGAUAUCAAAUAUCUUAAUGAUCCCUACGAGACUUUUGCAAUUGGGUCUAUAAAAGGUUGGUUCGAAGGAGAUAGAACUCACUACAUUAAAUCAGAUCAUGUGUUCUUGGGAUAUGAUUGUGUUAUGUAUAGUGGUGAAACUCGGACAUUAUUUAAUCAUGAGGUUGAGAUCAAUUUCGUAGUUACCACUUAUGAUAUGGUUCCCAUAGAAGGUUGUAAGGUGAAAAAGUGUGGAGUUCAUCUAUUGUGCCCUGAAGAUUACAAAUGGAAGGAUCUAAUAGAUCUUUCAUCUUUAAAGAGAAAGCUAAAACUCAAUGGAAAUGGCCGCUAUAACGAUGAACCACCAUCCGAUGACUUUUCCGCUGCAUGCAAUUGCCAAUUUAAGAGUUCUGCUACUUCUUUGGAUUUGAAUGAAAUGUUGGAUACAACUGAACCGCUCUCCAAGAGAUUGAAAGUAUGCAACUAUAAAAAUAAGGAAAUAGAAGUGGCAGAGGGGAAUCCAAGUACAAGUCAACCCACUGGCUUUGCUGAUUCUGAUUCUGAUUCCGAUUCCGAUUCCGAUUUUGAUUUUGAUUUUGAUUUUGAUUCUGAUUAACCGCAACCUAAAAGACUUAAAGAAUCCAAAUUGUUUGAAGGCGAUUUUCACUUGCUGCAGCAGAAAUUGAUGGUGUGCUUUAUGCUACUGGCGGAUUUGACGGGAAGGAUUAUCUGAAUUUUGUUCGAUCGAUUUUCAAAGUGCCGCGGCUUUGCUUCAAUCGGAUGAUUUAAAAAAGAAAGUGAACUCGGUUUCACUUUGAUUCG